AUGGAGAAGAAAUGCAACGAUCUCACACAUGAGGAGCUGGUCAAGUAUGACCUGGGAUUGUCGGUCAUCGAUGGUCAUGUUGCACUCAUCACGACUGUCCCUAAAAAGGAGGGGGACUUGAUAUGCACAUGCAGUGCUUUGCAUUUCGACAACAUGGCAAGCCUCUUGUCGGUCGUGAACCUCGCCAAGAAUCCUGUGCUCAGGACGGACUGCGUCGGUUUGACAGAGGAUCGCUCCUCGUCGGUCUGGUCACUGUUAAUUGGGGCUGCUAGCCACGUCACCCCGCUCAGUAAAGCCGCAAAGCGAGCAAACGCGGCCUUCAACUUUGACAUCAGCCAGGGCGCCUCUGACGGUCUCAUCGCAUUGGUCGUCAAGACACGGAAUGGGUGUGGCAUUGCUGCAAAGUCGGUCGUGUCGGUCGACCUGGGUCCAGACUAUGAUCCGUCACAAGCCACGCCGGUCGAGCUCGCUGCCAGCAAGAAGCAGUUCAUGGAUAAGUGGUUUCAGGAGCCUGUGAAUGAGGCGCCGGUCAAGGAAGAGACAACAGUGGAGCCAGCUGGCAAAAAACCCCGAACCUCAGAGGCCAAGGCCAAGCCUUCGCCGGUCGCACCGGCUCCGGUCACUCCGGCUCCCGCUACUGGUCCAGUGCCGGUCGACAAGCCAGCCCCGUCUGCUGCAGCUGAGACUUCGCCGCCGGUCGUCAAAGCUGAUGUAACAGCCCCGGAGCCGGAGCUGAACCCUGCGUCGGUCGCCAAUUUCAUCGUGGGUGAUGCCACGUUUCGCUUGGACUUGCAGAACUUGAGGAUCCUUUUGCCGGUCGGAACCUCCACCAACAAGAGGCUGCCUCCAGGCACAAUUGUGUACACUCUGGAUUGCAGCGCCGGUCGUUUCCGCAAAAACUCCAGUGCUGUCGGUCUGGAGUACAAGCUGACCUCUUCGAAGGACAAGGUCAUUGUCAAUGGGAAGCAAGUGACGGUCGCAGACGCGGUCGCCAGCCUCAAGUCGAACUCCGUUUGGGAGCACAUCCCGCCUUCCUUCACCCAAGGUUCCCUCCCAUCGGCCGGUCUGAAACCUAACCAGCAGAUGGUUUGGGUUCCAGGAGAUGACGCGUCGGUCGUGAUGGCCCAGCUCAACAAGGCCACGGAUGCUUCUUGGAGGUGGGUGAUGAAAAAUGGCAGCAAAGGGAGUCUCACGCCGGUCAAAGCUUGCCUAGUGAUCGACAAACAGCUGAUCAUUCCCGGCAAGCCGGGACAUCUCGGCUUGCUUGUCGGUCGCGAAGUCGGUCACUGA